GUCUGUCUUGCAGAUGGAGGAGCCGGACAGUGGAUGCUACUGCUAGCCGAUACUCGCUUUGUUUUUAAAUGAAAAGUAUUUAAGUAAUUCGAUUCAGGAGGAUUUUUAUUAAACUCCUAUUUUAUUUUGUUGAGUUUUCACAUGAAAUUGUAAACCUAUUUAAUGCGCGUGUUUUGUACAGUAUUUAUUUAGCAGUAAGUAGCCCGGCUAGCAUCUUUGUUGGAAGUUUAGGCCUGCAGAGCUCACCGCUUGUCGAUUUUAACAAUAGCCGCCGAUACACUCCCCUCCUCUGCUUGUUUUGAUCCAUUCAAAGGGUUGCCUUCCAUAGAGCAGGUAAAGAACAUGAGAGCUAAACAGGUCUGGGUAGCUUUCAGAGACUAGGACCUUUGUUAUGCAGACGGACUUUUAAUUUGGCUGGAAGUGGAGACAUUUUGAGAGCUGCAUCACAGAGAACAAGACCACAAAGGAAGAUGUCCAACGGCGCAGCAGGAAGCGGGGCUCUGGCUUGGAUGGAGGCGGCGAACGGGAGAGGUGACAGCAGCAAAAUGGAAGGGAGCAAGAAAGACAAGGCCAGUGCCAAGCUGUCCGUGGAGCGAGUUUACCAGAAGAAGACCCAGCUAGAGCACAUUCUGCUUCGUCCAGACACCUACAUCGGCAGUGUGGAGCCCAUCACCCAGCAAAUGUGGGUUUUUGAUGAAGAGGUUGGGAUGAACCAGAGGGAAAUCACCUACGUCCCCGGACUCUACAAAAUCUUUGAUGAAAUUCUCGUCAAUGCGGCAGACAACAAACAAAGAGACAAGAACAUGACAGCCAUCAAGAUCACCAUUGAUCCUGAGUCCACCACCAUCACCAUCUGGAACAACGGAAAAGGGAUACCUGUGGUGGAGCACAAGGACGAGAAGAUGUACGUCCCAGCUCUCAUUUUCGGUCACCUGCUCACCUCCAGCAACUACGAUGACGACCAGAAAAAGGUCACAGGUGGAAGGAACGGGUACGGUGCUAAACUCUGCAACAUCUUCAGUACCAAGUUCACAGUGGAAACUGCCUGCAAAGAGUACAGACACAGUUUCAAACAGGUGUUGACUCGUGGUCUUAUAUGAGACGUGGCAGAACAACAUGAGCAAGACCGCUGACCCGAAGGUCAAGUUCUUCGAUGGGGAGGAUUUCACCUGCGUGACCUUCCAGCCCGACCUGUCCAAGUUCAAGAUGGAGAAACUGGACAAAGAUAUUGUAGCGCUUCUUACCCGCAGAGCAUAUGAUGUAGCCGGCUCCUGCAAGGGGGUCAAAGUCUCUUUGAACGGGAAAAAACUACCUAUUACUGGCUUCCGCAGCUACGUGGAUCUGUAUGUGAAGGACAAACUGGAUGAGACCGGUGUGGCCCUGAAGGUGGUGAACGAGACUGUGAACGAUCGGUGGGAGGUUUGCCUCACCAUGAGCGAGAAAGGAUUCCAACAGAUCAGCUUUGUGAACAGCAUCGCCACAACCAAGGGUGGCAGACACAUCGACUAUGUGGUGGACCAGAUUGUGUCCAAACUUAUUGAAGUGGUGAAGAAGAAGAACAAGGCCGGAGUGUCAGUCAAGCCUUUCCAGGUGAAGAACCACAUCUGGGUGUUUGUGAAUGCCCUGAUCGAGAACCCCUCCUUCGACUCCCAGACCAAGGAGAACAUGACUCUCCAGACAAAGAGUUUCGGGUCCAAGUGCCUUCUGUCAGACAAGUUUGUCAGAGCUGCAACAAACUGCGGGAUCGUCGAGAGUAUCCUCAACUGGGUGAAGUUCAAAGCUCAGACACAGCUGAAUAAGAAGUGCUCGUCUGUGAAGUACAGCAAGAUCAAAGGCAUCCCCAAGCUAGACGACGCCAACGAUGCUGGUGGCAAACACUCCUCUGAAUGCACACUGAUCCUCACUGAGGGGGACUCAGCCAAGUCUUUGGCUGUUUCUGGACUGGGAGUCAUCGGGCGCGAUCGCUACGGAGUGUUCCCUCUGAGAGGAAAGAUCCUGAAUGUUCGAGAGGCAACACACAAACAGAUUAUGGAAAACGCUGAGAUCAACAACAUCAUCAAAAUCGUCGGCCUCCAGUACAAGAAGAGCUACGAGGACCCCGAGUCCCUAAGAAGCCUGCGCUACGGCAAGAUCAUGAUCAUGACGGAUCAGGAUCAAGACGGCUCCCACAUCAAAGGUCUGCUCAUCAACUUCUUCCACCACAACUGGCCGUCCCUCCUGAAACACACAUUCCUGGAGGAGUUCAUCACACCUAUUGUCAAAGCGACCAAGAACAAGCAGCAGAUGGCCUUCUACAGCAUUCCAGAGUUCGAUGAGUGGAAGAAACAGACGGAGAAUUAUAAAACCUGGCAUGUAAAGUACUACAAAGGUUUGGGUACCAGCACAAGCAAAGAGGCAAAGGAAUACUUUGCUGAGAUGGAGAGACAUCGCAUCAUGUUCAGAUACAGCGGAGCAGAUGACGACGCUGCCAUCACUCUGGCCUUCAGUAAGAAGAUGGCAGACCACAGGAAGGAGUGGCUGACCAACUUCAUGGAGGACAGACGCCAGAGGAGGAUGCAUGGCCUGCCGGAGAAAUACCUGUACGGGACUCAGGCCCGACACCUCUCCUACAACGACUUCAUCAACAAAGAGCUGAUUCUGUUCUCCAACUCUGACAACGAGAGAUCCAUCCCCUCCCUGGUUGAUGGUUUGAAGCCCGGCCAGAGGAAGGUGUUGUUCACCUGCAUGAAGAGGAACGACAAGAGGGAGGUGAAGGUAGCACAGCUGGCCGGUUCAGUGGCAGAGAUGUCUGCAUACCAUCACGGAGAGCAAGCUCUCAUGAUGACCAUCGUGAACUUGGCUCAGAACUUUGUGGGCAGCAACAACGCGAACAUCCUGCAGCCGCUGGGUCAGUUCGGUACUCGCAUCAACGGCGGAAAAGACGCUGCCAGCCCUCGUUACAUCUUCACAAUGCUCAGUCCUCUUGCGAAGCUGUUGUUUCCGGCGAUGGAUUCAAACCUGCUGAAGUUCCUGUUCGACGACAACCAGAAGGUGGAGCCCGAGUGGUACAUCCCCAUCAUUCCAAUGGUGCUGGUGAAUGGAGCCGAGGGCAUCGGGACAGGCUGGGCGUGUAAGAUCCCCAACUACGACCCACGAGAGAUCGUCAACAACAUCAACCGCCUGCUCAACCACCAGGAGCCCCUGCAGAUGCUUCCAAGCUACAAAAACUUCAAGGGAACGAUCCACGAGCUGGGUCAGAACCAGUACCUUGUCAGCGGAGAGGUGUCAGUCAUCGACAGGAACACCAUUGAGAUCACUGAGCUUCCUGUUCGGACAUGGACGCAGGCCUACAAGGAGUCUGUGCUGGAACCCAUGGUGCAGGGUACGGACAAAACACCGGCCUUAAUACACGACUACAAGGAGUACCACACAGACUCCACCGUCAAGUUUGUGGUCCGGAUGUCUGAGGAGAAGCUGGCCCAGGCCGAAUCAGUCGGUCUGCACAAAGUCUUCAAGCUGCAGUCCAGCCUGACCUGCAACUCCAUGGUGCUGUUUGACCAAAUGGGUUGUUUGAAGAGGUACGAUUCAGUCCAGGACAUCCUCAGGGAGUUCUUCGAGCUGCGCCUGCAUUACUACAAGCUGAGGAAGGACUGGAUGCUGGGUAGCCUGGGAGCCGAGGCCUCCAAACUGUCCAACCAGGCUCGCUUCGUGCUCGAGAAGAUCGGAGGGAAAAUUACAAUCGAGAACAAAUCUAAGCGUGAGCUGAUCCGCAUGCUGGUUCAGAAAGGGUUCGAGUCAGAUCCAGUGGUUGCUUGGACCAAGGCUCAGGAAAAGGCUCUAGAGGAAGACCCAGAGGAUGCAAACGACAACGGCAACGACAGCGACAGCUCGGUGGACUCCAACUCCACGUCAGGGCCGAACUUUAACUACAUCCUCAACAUGCCUCUGUGGUGCCUGUCCAAGGAGAAGGUGGACGAUCUGCUCAAACAGAGGGACCAGAAGAGAUCAGAGCUUAAUGACCUCCAGAGGAAAGAUCCAGAGGAUCUGUGGAAGGAGGAUCUAGCUGUGUUCAUCGAGGAGCUGGACAAACUGGAGGCCCAGGAGCGAGAGGAGAAUAACAUAGGAAAGGCCAUCAAACUGGUGAAAGGAAAGGUCGGCAAACCUAAAGCGAAGAAGUUGAACCUGGAGGAGACCUUGCCCUCGCCGUAUGGUCGCAGGGUGGAGCCUCCGACUCAGCCCAUCAAAUCUGACGCGGCCAAGAAACUGAUCAAAAAGAAGAAGACUGACGCAGACGUGUCGGCGAAGUUGGAGUUUGACGACGAUGGUUUGGUUGCUGAAGGAGCGACAGCGGGGGAGAACUCUGUGACCAAGCCAAAAACUCCUCGUGUGAAGAAGGAGAAAAAAGAGCCCGGAACUCCCAGAGUCAGAAAAACUCCAGCACCUAAAGGAUCCACUGGAAAGAAGGUGAAGAAGAGAAAUCCCUGGUCUGAAGACGAAUCCAAGUCAGACAGUGACAUGGAGAACAGCGACCUGGUUAUUCCCAGAGAGAAGCAGUCCCAGAGAGCGUCAGCUUCCAAACCAAAAUACACGUUUGACUUCUCCGAGGAGGAGGCGGAGGCAGACGAAGAGGAGAACGGCGACGAUGAUGUACCUUCGUCUCCUGUGAGGUCUUUCAAAGAUGACUUCUCUUCCUCGGCGACGAAGGGGCACUUCAGCGACCACAACGAUGACGACGAUGACGAUGAAGUCUCCUUUUCGCCUUCAAAACAAAAGACCACGUCCACACCUGUAGCUAAAAAGACAGAGCCAACCAGCAUCUUCUCGUCGUCCAAGUCAGCCUUCUCUGAAAAGAGCAAUGACAGCGAUGGGUCGAAGUCAGAGAGUGAAGAGGACCGCGGCAUCUUCUCCACUUACAGCUCGUUCAGCACAUCGCCAGCAAAGAAAGUUAAGACGCCGUCUGAUGCAGCUCCCAAACCCAAGAAAUCACCAGCACCAAAAGCGAAGAAACCAGACAAAUCCAUCUGGGACUCCGACUCUGACACUGGGUCCAAGAAGACAACACCAGCCCUCAAAGGUAAAGGUCGGGGGAGGAAGAGGAAGGGCUCAGACUCUGAGGAAGACUACAGUCCAAUGAAGAAAGCUUCAAAACCAGCCAGCAAAGCAAGUAAACCUCAGAAAGCUCCAUCCGAGGACGAGGACGAGGACGACAACAGCCUGGUCAUGAUGAACACUUCGUCCCGCGGCGGACAGGGCCGAGCCAAGAAGGAGGUGAAGUACUUUGUGGAGUCGGAUAACGAAGAAGAAGAAGACGACAUUUUCAAUUAAAUCAACCUCCGAUCACCUUCAAACACACUCCUCCUCCUCCUCCUCCUCUCUGUGUUCCCACAGACUUUUGUUCAUUUCCUGUUUUGUUUUAUUUUUAACAAUGGUGACGUUCAAUGAUUUUUAAUGUGUAGGUGUUUUACACUUUUUAUUAUACAUAUACAGCUUUCUUUUUUUAAUGCUCAUUGAAAUGUUCUGUAUUUGUCCGAAAGCGGCUUUUAGAAGUUUAGAACGCUGUGCUUUAGCACAUUUUAAUUGUUAAAAUAAUAUGUAACUUUUUGAACAUGAAGUUGAAGUAAACAAUGAAAUGUC